GAGCAGGAGAGGCUGGGAAGAGAAAAAAAGCAGGCAGAGGUGGAGAACCUGCAGUUGAAGGCUCUUGAACUCAGAGAAGAUGAGCUGAACGAAGUGCGCCACCUGCUGGAGGAGAGGCGCGCUGCAGCGACCCAAUGGGAAAGAGAUGCAGUGGAGGCAGCCAAGUGGGAGAGAUACCUGAGCUGUGAUGAUGUCAUAGACUCAGCUGAGCAGCGACAGGUCAACACGUUUAUCACCUUGUGGAGAGACGAGCCGGAGCUGAACGUCAGGAAGGUGCUCACAAGAUGCCACGUUGCUCUGCAG